AAACACACAAUUUAUAGUCUCCAAAAUGAAGUUCUCUCACUGCAUUUCUCUCCUCUUAGGUCUCCUCACUCUCUUCUCAGUGGAUAUGAUGAUAUCUCAAGUUCCGGUGGCAGAAAGUGCAACUUGUUACCAUAUCAAUUUCGACGUCUGGUGCGAUGCGUCGAACAUUACGGCUGAAUGUGCACCGACGUGCACGCGCCGGUGUGGACAAUCGACCGCAUUAUGCACUCCAAAAUCCGGCACUGAGGAAGUGGUUUGUGCCUGCGCUUUCCAAGAACCCGACUGCACUACUCAACGUCGAUGCCAUGACCCUUCUUCAAAGAUAUUCUCGUCUUCGCGAAAAGCGAAAGAAUCUAAUUUGUUGAACUAAAAUUCAUGCAUUACAAUAUUUAUCAGAUGAUUUUUUUUUUUUAGAUUUCUUUCGGAAUGAUGUUGAUUGAAUCCAAAGAGUAAUGGUUAAUUUGUUGUAGGAAUGUAUGAAGACCCUGUAAUACUGUUAAUGAGAUUCUCACAUCUAAUAAAAACUGGU